AUGCGUAGGACGCUCCGCCUAGGUCGUGGAGCCAUUUUACGUACAGCGGCUGCUCGCCUACUAGGUGCUCUUUGCGAUCUUCAAAUCGUAACCAGCCUGGGGAUACUGAUUGCAGGCUUCGUUCAAAUGCCAGAGAUAUCUUUCUAUCAUGAGAGCAUAAUCAUGAACGCGUUCUGGCUUACUCUCAACUCUUUCUUUGCCGCGCGGGUCGACUAUAUGGAGGAUGAUAGUAAACGUGCCAAAAUACGCCAAAGUGGUAUCUUGAUAAGUGUCAUUCUUGGAACCGCUUUCCUGUGCUUCGUGACCCAUCGAGAGGACGAAAAGUCCGGUGACUGGAAUAUUCUGGUGCCAGGACGCUGCUACCUUUACCACGAUAAGUCUUCGGUUUGGUUCUGGCAAGGAUGGUUUUGGGUGGGAGGGCAGGCAUUCUACGGGGUUUGCCUCGCACUGGCUAUCAUACCAUGGACGUGGCCCAUUGUUGAGAAGGCAACAUCAGGACUUCGACAUUGGCAAGAAAUGUUGAUUACUCAAUGGACCAAGAGUGCAGCCAAGCUUGGAGCAGUUCGGUUUGGCCAUCUGCAAGGAUUUGACCAAUUUGACUUUCCACGGACGACGAAACGAAUACUGAUUUUCAUCUUCAUGACUUUGAUUCUGUCGCUCUACUGGCUGGUCCUCCAACUCAUAGCUGUGUACUCUUAUGGCGAUAGCUUUUAUCCGGCGCUGAUGCUAUUCUAUCUUGGGUUUGCGAUCUGGAACACCUUCGACAUCCUAGAUAUAAAAUUGUCCAACAGGUCAUUGGUGGAUGGUACAGAAACGAAAUGGGGGUUCGGUCAAGUACUACCACUGGUACUGCUCAUAGCGAUUGUCUUCAACACGGUUGAUGCUAUUAAAGGGGCAAGACAGGAAGUCUCUAACAAGGCGAACAAAGCACAAGAGAAACCGAUCUAA